CGCCGCGCCAUCACGCCUCGCCGUCGAGCUCAUCCCGCCGCCGCCCAGCUGCGCCCAGCUCACCGCUAGUCACUGCUGUUGUCGCCAACAAUGGAGGAGAGAGAAAGAGGCGAAUGCGAGGAGAGAGGGAAGGAGCUCGUGAAGGAGCUGUCGCCGUCGAAGCUGGGUUUGUCGUCGUCUUCGCGGGUUCUGGUCGUCAUCGUCGUCUCUGCCGUGAAGCCCGUCGCCGCCGUCCUUCUCGCCAUGAAGCCAGCGCCGCCAUCGUCAUCAUCAUGGAUUGCUGCUGCACGUGACGCCGCCGUCGCCGCCUCGGAGUCCAUCGCCGUCAAGCAGAACGACGGGCAGAGAGAGGAUCCCCAGGUGAGAGAGAGAGAAACCAGGGAGGACCGCGACCUGUCUAGCCGCCGUGCCCAGUCGCCGCUCGCGUUGCCGGCGCCGUCUCCGUCUGAACCGUCGCCAGAUCCGCCGCUGCUGAAGCUUCUGGCCGCGCCUCUGUGUCGCCGGAGCUCCACGCCGCCGCCACUGCCACCAAAAACCACCACUGAGGCCUAAGUCUGUUUGGGAUCGAGUUACGGGUCUUGAUUGCUGAGUUCUAUGGCUGCUUCAUACAGCAUCAAGGUGUUGCGUCGUCAUCGGGGCUGCUGUUGCUCCGUUUUCUCGAUCAUUCGUAAGCCCAGUAAGUCGUUCCUUGUUCCAAACUCUUUUAGCUGAUGUUCUGUUAUAGAUUAUUGAGUUUUACGCGACAUUAAUGUUUUAGGAUUGAGCUAAGGCUGUGUUUAGAGGCUGUGGUUGCUGCUGGAACGGUCGGUAUUGAUGCUGUUGUUGUGGGAUAAGAAUAGAAAUGCAGUUUGUCGCGUAGUUGAAUCACGAAUGAGGAACCGGAUGAAGAAGCGUUAAGAAGAGUUAUAUUGCGUUUGGUUGAUAUGUUGUUGUAUUAAUUAGA